GCCAUCAAGCGCCCCCGGCUAGUGUGGACUCCGCAGCUUCACAAGAAGUUUGAGAGUGCGGUGCAAAAGUUGGGGACGGAGAAAGCGGUGCCCAAGAACAUCAUGCAGGAGAUGAACAUCGACGGCCUGACCCGGGAGAAUGUGGCCAGCCACCUGCAGAAGUACCGCAUGUUGCGACGCAAG